AAGUAUAAGGCAACUUAUAAUUUAUUAUAUCUCAAAGUACUCUUAAAAGCCUUUCUCACUCAUUCUUCUCACUCUACAUAUCAACAUAUAUUGUAUGUUUCUUUCCCAAUUUUGGGGAAAACAAAAAAAGAUAACUCUAUGGAAGAAGUUCAACAAAAGCUCUUGGAUAUCCCAAGAUUGCAUCUGCUCGUGAUUGGGACAGAUGAAGAAAUAUGUGAGGAUGAAAAUUCCAACAUUGAAUCAAGUGGAUCAACUAAUUGUUGUUCCUACUUUGCCAAGCAUAAAUGGUGGUACCAAGUUGCCAUUUUUACCGUUUUUACUAUAAUUGGAGAAGUAGUAACAUCACUAUUGGUUAAAACAUAUUUUACCAAAGGUGGUAAAAGUAUAUGGUUAGUCUCCUUAGUGCAAAAUGCAGGGUUCCCAAUUCUUCUUCCUUUCCUAUACACUGUGUCACUCAAAAAUCAUAGCCAAAUUGAGGUGAUCAAAGGAAAUCAAGAACCCCAUAUUUGCAUAAUCUUUUUAGUUUAUGCUGUUCUAGGUGUGUUACUUGGUGGGGUUAGUGUUUUCAACUCGAUCGGUCUAAAGUACCUUCAAGUAUCAACACAUUCUCUCACUAGUACCACUCGACUAGGGUUUAGUAUUAUCUUCUCUUUAUUCCACAAUGCACAUAAGUUCACCCCAGUUAUAGUAAACUCUCUAGUUCUUGUAACAGCUGCUUCAGUCAUUCUUGUGGUUCAUAAUAACGAGUCUGGGGAAACGUCUAGCGGAAAGUUUUUACUAGGGUUUUUUUCUACGAUUGGUGGGUCCUUGAUGUAUUCUUUAACGGAAUUUUCGUAUCGAAAAAUAAUAAAGGCUAGGGAGUUCAUAGAUAUUAUAGAGAUGUCAAUUUACCAAACCCUAGUUGCAAGCAUAGUGAUCCUACUAGGUUUUUUUAUAAGUGGAGAUUGGAAGAAUUUAAGCAUGGAGAUGGAAAAGUACCAAUUAGGGAAAUUAGUCAUCAUCUUGUCUUUUAUAGCCAUGUCAUGUCAAUUAAAUGUUGUGGCAUCAAUUGGGCUAGUUUUUAAAGUCAAUCCCCUAAUGUCCAAUGUUUUUAACAACUUAGGGGCUCCAAUUACUCCAAUUUUUGCUGUGGUUUUUCUUCAUGAUAAGAUUAAGGGUUUGAAGUUGGUGGUUAUGUUUUUAGCCUUUUGGGGAUUUGGUUCACAAAUUUAUCAACAAUAUCUCAAUUAUAUGGAGGCCAAGGAAGAAUUAAUAGAACAAAACUCUAGAGAAGUUUCCUCCAGUUGAACCCAACCCUGGAAAAACUCGCAGCCGUUACUACUCUUUUGGUGUGCACUGAGUAACUCCUCAGAGUAACUCUUAUUCUAUUGUAAAUUUUAUGUUUUAUUUUUGUCAACUUUUAAAGAAGUGUACAUAUAAAUGUGAUCAACUAUAUAUAUAUAUAUAUAUAUAUAUUGCUUAAAGGAACAUAAACCUAGGAAAUUACAAAAUACUGGCAACAUAGCUAGUUAUACGUAAUCCAAGAAUGGGCUGUCCAAAGAUAAAUAUAUAAUUAUUUUGUUCUUCUAGUUGAAAGCUCCAUUCUAUUAUAAGUAGUAAAGAAAGGAUAAGUAUUACUCCGUUCUUAAUAAAAUAUUUCAGUUUUAAGCUA